CUUCAGAAGAAUGAUGACAUACCAUCAACAAACUUUGCAUUCGUCAGCACAAUCAAGAACCGAUCGAGGUAGACUGGAGAGGAGGAAGCAAAAGGUUUGGUGUCUUUCCUUCUCUCACUUCUUUGAAAAAAGCAAUCCUUGUACGCACUUUUUCUUUGCUUGGCUUUCAAUUACUCAUUUUCGAAGAAAACCGAAACAGAUCCAUCCAUCAACAUGAUUCGCUCCAUGAUCCUUUUGGCCCUUUUGGGCAUGGCCGCUGCCUGGUCUGCUGGUUACCAAACCGGCGGUUACAUGAACAACGGAUACUCAAGUCCCAUCAUUGCUGAUCAGGAUAGUCCUUAUCACAUCACCAGUGAUGCCUUCGAGAGCAACCGUCGAGAGUUCUUCUCCCCUCGCUACAACACCAACAGCCGCAGUAUGUCCAACUACUACUACCCUCGCAACUACAACUACGGUGGCGGCAACUACUCUCCUUACUAUGACGACAAUAUGUACUCCUCAAACAAGUAUGGAUAUGACCAAGGAAGGUACUACCGAUACCGCCCCAACCGAUACGGAAACAUGAACGGAUACGGAAAUGGCUACAGCAACUACGGAAACGGCUACAGCAACUAUGGCGGCUACGGAAACGGCUACAGCAACUAUGGCGGCUACGGAAAUGGCUACAACAACUACGGGUACAACAACUACCACAACGACUAUGGAUAUGACUACGGGCGCUCUGGAGGCAGGAAUAAUGCCCUAACCAGUGGAAGGAAUAGUGGUGACUACUGGAGCUACAGUCAAACCCCCAGGGUAGGAAAGGGUGGUUAUGGACCAUCAAACGCUUACCGUUACUACUAAAUGCGGGCCGUCGUCAGACACUCUCCCUACCGUCGCAAUUGGUGGGAGUAAUCAAGUGGUGUAAAGACAAGGAAGUAGAAGAAUAUAGAAGGUUGGAAGGAAGAAUCAAGGCGUAUUUCUGAGUGGUGAAAGCUGAGCACACUCAAAAUGUAUGGAUUGUAUUUGAAUGAUGAAUGAAUUGCGGAGGAUUUACUUACUGAGAGGCAGCUUAUGAAGUUUGGAAGACUGCUGAUGUACAUGAAAGCUUAACCUUGAAACUAAUGCAAGCAGUUGGUUGGCUUUUGGACUUUUUGGUGCCUUGAUGUUUGAUUCAUUCGAAGCAGAGCAGACACAUGAGAUUCUUUUGGAACCCUCUGCUGUGUUGCAUAUGUAAUUUCAUAUAACUAGUGAUAUCGAGAGCUACAC